UGGCCGGUCUGACAUAGGCGCGUGAAACCAGCCCUGCGGAGGAUGUCCUUGUGUGACUGAGUCCUUCAUUUUUCUUUUUCUUUGAAAUGUACAGAACAUCCACAGCAGAAACAACAGUGAGUACACAUUUACUGUGAGGGUAAAGAGGAUUGUGGGAGAGGAUUCACGUGAUUAAAUCCGCCGGUUUUGGUUUGUGUCGGAGAGGAGCGUCGAGGAGGGAGAUGGAGGGAUGGAGCGCGUUUCUCCCAGAACAGCUCCAAGAUCUCCAGGACAGGCAGGAUGAACGGUGGUAACGACGGAUACUUUUUCACGCUUUUGUGAUUCAAACCCCGCAACAAAAAGAUCAAGACAAAUGGAGAAAAUGACAAGGUGAACAACCAGCUGACUUUAUCUUUGUCUGACUCCUCUUUUUGUCGGCGUUACACCUCAAGAACUGCAGGGGAAGGACAGCAGCUGAUAAUGAUCGCCUGAUGCAACACUUGCAGGAACUGCCGGUGUGAUAAAAUACCCAGGCAUUGCCCAGAGCUGUCACGAACCAGAGCUGUUGCCAGCUGCAGCUCAACCUUGAAGUCAGAGUAAAUUUGGUGAAGGAGCAUGGGAGGUGGUGUUCAGAGCAGUGAGUUUUCCCCUGGAUGUCAGGCAACCAGGAGCAAAUGAGUAGCACUGGAACCGGCAGCAGCCGCAGCUUGCUCCAGGGCCGGCAUUUCUACUGCCGGCAAUGGGCCCUGGACAAGCUGCGCCACUGCCUGAACAUCCGCUCCGUGCCCGGGCAGCCGCCGGGGCUGCUGGUGAUGGGGGGCCCUGGCGCUGGGAAGACAGCCCUGUGUACUGAGGUGGUGUGGCCCACCUCGAAGGCAGGGCUGGCAGUUGGGCUAGCGCCACGCUGCCUGGCCUCCCACUUCUGCCAGAGGGAGGACCAGAGGAGUACGGUGCUGUGGAGGUUUGUCCUGGACUUGGUGGAGCAGCUAAGGGCCUCGCCUCUUCUCUCCCCCGGGUACAAAGAGAUCCUCAACAGCCCGUCGGUAUCCUCAGCUCUGGAGCCUCUCGUCUGUCAGAGAGACCCUGACGACACUUUCAAGAGAGCAGUGUUGGGACCCCUGUUAGACCUUCCUCCUCCUGCCCAGACUCUGAUGGUGGUGGUGGACUCCCUGGAUGUGGGAUAUGGGGUGGCUGCGGGAAGUGGGAAGAGUGGCUCCAUCGCAGAGCUCCUGGCCACCAAUCAACACCUGCUGCCUGGCUGGCUGCUGCUGGUCUGCUCCGUCCGCCGCCACAACAAGGCUGUUUGCAAGAUGUUCUCAGGUUUUCGUAAGCUUUGUCUGGAUGAUCUGCGGAAGCCCCCGCCAGUCCAUGAUGUGCAGCAGUACAUUCUCUGCCGCCUGGAUGAAGAAGCGGCACUUCGCCGUCAGCUCACCCCUGACACGGCUGAUAUGCUGAAUUUACUGCACAUCAAGAGCGGCGGCUGCUUUCUCUUCCUCGAGCGUGUGCUGGAUGGUGUGGCAGCUGCACUGGUGGGUCUGCGGGAGAUUCGGGACAUCCCCGGGACUCUCAAUGGCCUCUACCUGUGGCUGUGCCAAAGACUGUUCCCCCGAGGGCUCUUUAUGUACGUCAGGCCUCUCCUUAAUGUGCUCUUAGCUGCCCCGAGGCCCCUCACGCCCCAGCAACUGUUCGCAGCAGCCUGGACUCAUGACACCUUGCUCAGCCUCCAGGACUUUCAAAACAAGCUACGUACCCUCUCUCCUCUCCUGAUAGAUGGCCCUGGGGGCACCAAACUACUUUUUCAUGGUAGCUUUGCUGAGUGGCUGACGGAUGUCAAGUAUUGCACACAGAAGUACCUGUGUAGCAGAACAGAGGGUCACAGCAUGCUCGCCAUGGCUUUGACUCUGCAGGGACCCCACUUGGACAUUGAGGACACUUGCCAGCUUGCCACACAUUUAGUUUGCUCAGGUCACCAUAAAGAUAACCCUUCAUUUUUGGCACUAUGGAUGCUGUGGGCAGGCGUGCCUGCUCUUACUCCUAGCUGCAGCCAUGCUCUCACCACAUCCUUAAGUCAGCCUGCUGUUCUGGUCAGUCAGGAAGUCCUUCAGCUGUUAAUGAGGACUGGGCUCGUCUCCACAGCCUGUUUUUCAGAUGCAGACCCAAGUGUUGGAUUGCAUUCUAUAGGUGAAGAGGGAACUAACUUACGAAAGGCAUUUGAAAAGGAGGUGUCUGUAAAGAAGCUGCUAGACAGUGGGGAGGCUGUUAACCAGCUAUGUUCUACAGAUGGACAGACUUUGCUUGUCAGUGCAGCCCAUGAAGGUUCUGCAAAUGUAGUUGAACUUCUCCUGACACACAGAUCUGAUCCAAUGAUCAGUGAUCUACAGGGUCAAACACCACUGUCUUUGGCUUCCAGGCAGGGUCAUGUCAAAGUGUUGUCUGUGCUCCUGGAAUGGGCCAAGAGCCAGGAGCCAAAAACUGCAGUACAGAUGAUGGAGCAUGUUGACAAUGAAGGCUGGACAGCACUGCGCUCUGCAGCUUGGGGAGGACACAGUGAGGCUGUUCGGCUUCUUCUGGAUGCAGGAGCAGAUGUGAAUGGAUGCGAUGGCGAGGGCCGCACUGCUCUCAGAGCUGCUGCGUGGGGUGGUCAUGAGGAAAUUGUACGAACCCUGCUGGACUAUGGGGCACAGGUUGACAAAGCUGACAGCAAGGGCCGCACGCCACUUAUCGCUGCUGCCUAUAUGGGACAUCAUGAAGCUGUGGAGAUUCUCCUGGACCGCAAUGCAGAAGUUGACUUAGCUGAUGGAGAUGGGCGCACUGCUCUGUCAGUUGCUGCCCUCUGUGUCCCUACAGCAGCAGGGGUCAAAGGUUAUGGUGAGGUAGCAAGUCUGUUACUGGAGCGUGGAGCUGAUCCAGGACACAGAGACCGUUAUGGCAUGACACCACUGCUUCUUGCAGCCUAUGAGGGCCACGACGAGGUAGUUGAACUUCUGUUAGAAGCUGGUGCUGAUGUAGAUGAGACAGCUGGCCCAGAUGGCAGUGUCCCUGCUGCAGCCGCAGUGACUCCCCUACUGGCGGCCGCAGCAAUGGGCCACAUGAAGACAGUAUCUCGUCUGCUUUUCUGGGGAGCAGCUGUGGAUGCCAUUGAUAGUGAAGGCAGGACAGCACUCUGCCUAGCAGCAGCAAGAGGCAGCGCUGAGGUAGUCCGUGCCCUGCUGGACCGAGGACUGGAUGAGAACCACAAGGAUGACCUUGGCUGGACUCCACUGCAUGCUGCUGCUUGUGAAGGCCAUCGGGCUGUUUGUGCUGCUUUGACUGAGCGAGGCAGCAUGGCACGUGUCGGAGAGAUGGACAUUGAAGGACGCACCCCUCUUAUACUGGCUGCCCAGGAAGGUCACUGGAGCACUGUCAGGCUGUUGUUGGACAGACGUUCUCCCAUUGAUCACAGGGCAUACGAUGGACAUUCUGCCCUGAGUGCCACCCUUCUGGAGGGCCAUGCUGAGGUGGCAGAGCUGCUUAUGAGGCGAGGGGCUGAUACCGAUGUCCGCGACGCCGAAGGAAGGCCUCUGCUCUACCUCCUGGUGUUGGAGGGACGCCUUGGCAUGGCUACUCUCCUAAUAGAGAAAGGAGGGGUGCCCCUGGAGUCCCGAGACUCUGAGGGCCGUACAGUGCUUCAUGUCGCUUCCUGGCAGGGAUGUGUGGAGAUGGUAGACCUACUUUUAAAGCAUGGGGCAAACCCCAAUGCACAGGAUACAGAAGGGAGACCACCAAUACAUUCAGUGGCUUGGACAGGACACGCUGAAGCAGGACAUCGGCUUCUAGAAGCUAGUGGUGUCAAUAUAGACCUUGCAUGCCACCAGGGGGCAACAGCUCUGAGCAUCGCUGCCCAGGUGGGUCACGUUAACAUUGUUGCAAUGCUUCUGGAUAGAGGUGCAAAUCCCGAUCACAUGGAUAAAUAUGGCCGUAGUCCAGUCAAAGUGGCUGGGAAACACAGGCACUUUAACAUUGUCCGGCUCUUGGAGAGCUACGGAGCCAAGCCAUAUCCAGGCCUGUUGCCCAAUUCUAGUACUGUCUGCCCGGCAAAACCGAACAAGAUCCUCUCUUCAGGCAUCUCAGAGAGUAAUGGAGGUGAAGUCACAGCUCCUACCUCUUCCUCUUCAGUUUCUUCUCCUGUCUCCACUGCAGAGCGAUUCCACUCCAUGCAGAGCUCCCAAACCUCAUCUACCUGCCACUCGCUGGCCACGGUGCAGACAGUACCAGCUGACAGCCUCAGCUUUAUCCAGCAGAUCCAACAACACUCACUGCCCCGCAGUCGUAGCCGGCCCUCCACCCUCCCUCCACCAGGGAGCUCAGGCAUGGGCAGCCUCCAUGGAAGCAUCCAGAGGAAUCCCAAAGGCAGCCCUGCCACUGUUUGCACAGUCACUGCCAUGGUGCACAACUGCGAACUGCCUGAGAAAGGCUUGUCUUCUGGACUUGAAUAUCACGACAAAAUGAACGAACAAAAUUCACACUUGAUAAAAGCAGACAGGACUACUUACGGUGGUGGUAAAUGGCACUCAGUCAUGGCUUCCCUUGGGAUAAUGCCAGGGCAAGACAGUCCUGCAGUAGGUGCUAAAAACAGAGAGAGCCCUCCUCUAGGCUACCCUUAUAGGCUGCAGAGCCCACUUCAAGGGGAAGCUUGGGAUUCUCCACCCCAGAAAAACAAUUUGUCACCUGCAUGCUACAGUUUUACCCCAGUCCCACCAUGUAGUGCCUUGCCAGAGGAUGUUAUGGUCAGGAUGACAACCACAGACCCGCAGCUUAAUCUGAAACAGGCCAUCAAACUGCAGUUUGAGGGUCCCACCAGUGCAGCCUUAUAUAAGAGAGAAACACCCCUGUGACUGGUGCUUCACUAAGAGACUAAUGUUAGAUAUUGCUACACUUCUUCCCAAACCCUUUUCUUUAACUUUGUUUGUUCAUGUGGAUAAGUGCAGAGAUGAUUAGUUUGUUGACAGUAAAUAUAGUACAGAGCCAUUCUUUAAGCAAAACUGCCAAAUACUGUCUGGCUACAGAAUCUCCAACAUGAUGAUUUGCUGCUUGUCUUUGUUUUACAUCAUUUUAAAUUAACAAAUUAGGGUUCAGUCAUUUACUCAUUUAGAAAAAACAUUGAUAGAUCAAUUGAUAAUGAAAAAUAAUCAUUGGUUGGUAUUUACAGGUAAUUUUGUGGUAUUAAAACAAAAAACAAUCGUCUGUGGUGACAUAAAUUCUGAGCAUUCGCUGAACUCUACAUUUUAAUGACAACAUCUUUGAUUUAGGUAGAGUUGGACAUUUCUGCAGUUCAAGGAGCAGGCAGUUUUCACUGUGUGCAAUGACUGUCUAGGUUCAGUUGGGAGAGGAAGUUAUCUCUUUCUCCACCCCUCUUCAGAAAACCAGAGGAAGAACUAACUGAAUAACAUCAAAGCUUACAUUCCUGCCUUUCCGAUGCCUGUUAUUUGUGUUGAGCAGGGCUCUCACAGACAACAUCAUAAGUAUUCAAUUAAUGCAUAACUGUGUUCAUUUUCAACUCUGACCUUAUUUUCCUAUUGUGCUCAUAGUUUUGAUCAGCACAAGUCUGAUAAAAAGGCUUUUAUUAUUUACUUUAUCUUUCCCUAUAAAACUGAGUCUAGAGUCAUACAUAGAUUAACAAGACUUUAUCAGCUCUACAGUGAAUUACACUCACUAUUGUGGAACAAACGUGUCUAGGUUGGGUUAUGUUUUAAAUUAUUUUUUGCUAGUAAAGAUCCCUUUUUGAAGCUGUAAACAACCUUGUUUAAGAGCUUUAAGCUUGUGGCCUUGAGCUUCAUUGAAGCCUUUUAUAUUUACUAGAAACUGGCCUACAUCCCCCAUAGGUCCAUUGCUGACAACCAAAAACAGUUUGCAUAAAAGCAAGCCUGCCAAAGCCUGACCCAGUGCGGAGUUUAUGAUACCAACUACAAAAGACAGCCAAGUUUUCUGAACCAGCUUGGUGCAUUCACAUUGUGUCGGUACAGGAAGGAAAAUUAAAAUUUGACCAUAAAAAACUGAGGGUCAAUGUGGGAGGGAUGGCUGUAAUUUCAAACUUGUAUGUGGCCUAAAGAAAUUUCUAGUUCUUUAUCAUUUUUCAUUGGAUUAAUAUUUAAUUACGUUCAUUAAUUAAAAUGGCAAACUUUGUCUACCUCUGCUCUGUCUGCUUAUUUGUGAAUGUGUAUUUAAGCGUGUAGUCCAGUUGUAUUUCAUGCAUUUAUGCACUACAACUAAAUGUCAUGGAUAGCGUCUGAUGUGGAAGCAUCAUGCAGAGAUGAAAGUCUGGCAGCUGCCUGAUGGUGGCCACCUGGGAUUAUGGAACCAGGCACUUUUGGACUGUUUUGAAACUGAAGAAAGGAGGGCUCUGCAGAC